AUGGCUGCAGUGACUACUUAUAAACGGUCUAGAGAUGACAGCGAUAGUGACAGUGAUGCCGAUAUUGCAAAUGAGCUGGUAAUGGGGUCCAGCAGUGAAAGUGAAGAUGAAUCAUCUGGAGAAGUCGCUGAUAUCAUUGACUACAGUGAUAAUGAAGAGGAAGAGAAACCGAAGAAGAAGGUUCCGGUGGUUAAGAAGAAGAAAAAUAUGUCAUUCCCUGUACUAGAAUUAUCUGAUACUGAGGAGAGUAAGGCUGGUGACGAUGACGAUGAUGUGAAUAGUUAUUUCACAAAUACUAAUGCCGCAACUACAAAGCAUAAGAAAGGUAGUUUUGCCUCAUUUGGUCUUUCCAAAUUUAUCCUGGGUAAUAUUGGUCGUAAAGGGUUCCGUCAACCAACUCCUAUUCAAAGGAAAACUAUUCCAUUAAUCUUACAGAAUAGAGAUAUUGUUGGGAUGGCUAGAACAGGGUCUGGUAAGACCGCUGCUUUUGUCUUACCAAUGAUAGAAAAGUUGAAGACCCACUCAGGGAAGAUUGGUUCCAGGGCUGUGAUCCUUUCACCAUCAAGAGAACUGGCUAUGCAAACAUUCAACGUGUUUAAGGAGUUUGCUAAGGGAACUCAAUUGAGAGGUGUUUUGUUAACUGGUGGUGACUCCCUAGAGGACCAAUUUUCCAUGAUGAUGGGGAACCCGGACGUUAUCAUUGCUACUCCUGGUAGAUUCUUACAUUUGAAAGUGGAAAUGGACUUGGACUUGAAAAGUAUCGAGUACGCUGUGUUCGAUGAAGCUGAUAGAUUAUUCGAAAUGGGUUUUCAAGACCAACUAAAUGAAUUACUUGCAGCAUUUCCUUCAACUAGACAAACGUUAUUAUUUUCUGCCACUUUACCUAGUUCAUUGGUGGAUUUCGCCAAAGCUGGUCUAACGAACCCAGUGUUGGUCAGAUUGGAUGCGGAAUCAAAGAUAUCAGAUGAUUUAGAAAUGUUAUUCUUGUCCACUAAGAAUGAUGAAAGAGAAGCUACAUUACUUUAUACAUUACAAGAAAUUAUUAAGAUUCCAAUUGCUACCCCUGAGGAUAUCAAGCAAUUUAAAGAGGCCACUGAUGCCAUGAAUGAUGAAGAUGAUGAUUCUGACAACGAGAAGAAAGGUAACAACCAUAGCAAGAGGUACAGAAAAUUUAAGAAACAAAGAAUGCCAUCUGCUAACGAGUUACCAUCAGAAAAGGCUACAAUCUUAUUUGUACCAACACGUCAUCAUGUAGAGUACAUCUCUCAAUUGCUAAGAGAUACUGGUUACUUGGUAUCAUAUCUGUAUGGUACCUUAGAUCAACAUGCACGUAAGGCUCAACUGUACAAUUUCAGACUUGGAUUGACCCCAAUCCUGGUUGUGACAGAUGUUGCCGCUAGAGGUGUGGAUAUUCCAUUGUUAGCUAAUGUCAUCAAUUACUCCUUACCUUCAUCAUCCAAGAUCUUUGUUCAUCGUGUUGGUAGAACUGCUAGAGCUGGUUCCCGAGGCUGGGCUUACUCCAUUGUUUCCGAUAAUGAAUUGCCAUACUUGUUGGAUUUGGAAUUAUUCUUAGGUAGAAAAGUGCUAUUACCUCAGAUGUAUGAUGCUACCGCUAAUAUAUUGAAGAAGAAAUGGGUUGAAGACGGUAAAGAAGAACUGUUGUUUAAAGCACCUCCAAUCCCAUACACUAAACGUAUUGUAUUAGGUGCAUGUCCAAGACUUGAACUUGAAGGAUGUGGGGAUCUAUAUAAGAAUAUCUUAGAAUCGAAUUUCGAUUUGGGAGUUGCCCGUGGGGUAGCAAUAAAGGCAGAGCAAUUGUAUUUCAGAACACGUACAUCUGCCUCACCAGAGUCUGUUAAAAGAAGUAAAGAGAUUAUUAGCUCAGGUUGGGAUGACCAAAAUGUCAUGUUUGGUAAGAAUCCUGAAAAGGAAAAACUUGAUUUCUUAGCUAAAUUGCAAAAUAGACACAACAAAGAAACAGUUUUUGAGUUUGCUAGAAACCCAGAUGAUGAAAUGUCGAUCUUCAUGAAGAGAAGACGGAAACAAUUAGAACCAAUCAGAAGAAGAGCUGCCGAAAGGAAAGAAUUGCUAGAGAAGGAAAGACUUGCAGGGUUAACACAUAACAUUGAAGAUGAAAUUCUUAGAGGUGAGGAAAAUGAGGCAGGUUAUACAGUCUCACAGGAUGCUGUAAGCCAAUUCGAAGACGGUGAUGUAUUGUUGGAUCAACAGGAGAAGAAAAGUCGUAAAUCAUACAAGGAUCCUAACUUCUUCUUGAGUCAUUAUGCUCCUGUUGGGGUCAUUCAAGAUAAGCAAUUGGAACUAACGAGUGGGUUCACAAACGAUGCUGCGGAUGCAAUGUAUGAUUUGAAUAAUGAUGAUAAGGUUCAAGUGCACAAACAAAAUGCUACCGUUAAAUGGGAUAAAAAACGUAAGAAGUACGUUAAUAUGCAAGGUAUUGACAAUAAGAAAUAUAUUAUUGGUGAGAGUGGACAAAAGAUUGCAGCCAGUUUCAAAUCGGGUAAGUUCGAUGACUGGUCCAAGGCUCGUAAAUUAAAACCAUUGAAGGUCGGAGCUCGUGAGGAUGCAGUACCAUCUAACCUAUUAUCUGAUCCAACAAGUAACAAUAGCGGCCCAAUGCGUGGUAAAUUCAAACAUAAACAGAUGAAGGCCCCACGUAUGCCUGAUAAGCACAGAGACGAUUACCACAAACAAAAGAAGAAGGUUACUGCUGCUGUUGAGAGAGGUGCAUCUGUCAAGGGUUACAAUGGUAGAAGAGCUCCAAGAAGCGAACUAAGAUCCACAGCUGAUAUCCGUAAGGAUCGUAUCCAACAAGAGAAGAAACAGGCUAAGAAUGCCCGUCCAUCGAAGAAGAGGAAGUAUUGA